AAACGCUCGCCACUCGCGGCGUUCGCGAACCGAAAGAGAAAAGAGAAAGACCGAAAGCGCCGUCGCCGAAAGUUCCAGAAAGCUUGAGAGGGAGUGCAAUUGCAGCGUGCUGCGCGAAGAGUUGAAUUGGUUGAAUCGCUUUGCACGUUUCGCAUCGUGUUCGUUGGAAACUAACCGCAAAUGACGCCAGGCGAGGAUCAGAAGGCCUCUGAAAUGACGUCUGUUGAAGAAAACUCCAACGCUUUGGAUAUUGCGCCGAACAAGGAUGGCGGUGUGCUCAAAACGAUCAUCAAGCCGGGAGUCGGAGAAGAAACACCGCAAAAAUCCAACACCGUCUUUGUUCACUACACAGGAAAGUUACUCGACGGCACUGUCUUUGACACCAGCCGAGCGAGGAACGAAGAAUUUAAGUUUGUGCUUGGCACAGGAUCUGUAAUCAAGGGAUGGGACAUCGGAGUGGCGACUAUGAAGAAAGGCGAGAUUUGCAGGUUGACAUGCAAGCCAGAAUACGCAUACGGCGAGAACGGUUCUCCUCCCAAGAUCCCGCCGAACUCGACGCUAGUAUUUGACGUGGAGCUCAUAGAUUGGGAGCUAGAGGAUGUUAGCCCUGCGAAUGAUGGUAGCAUCAAACGCAGGAUUAUUACAGCGGGGGAAUUGUAUACAACUCCAAAACAGCAUGCUACUGUUACAGUGCAUGUCAAAGGGGAGUACAACCAACGGAUUUUCGAUGACCGAGAGCUAGAGUUUAUCGUCGCAGAAGCCUCAGAGUACAACUUAGUCAAAGGUGUGGAACUGGCUAUACAGAAGAUGAAAAAGGGAGAGAAGUCCCUUUUCAGGAUUACUUCAAAGUUUGCCUUUGGAUCGGAGGGACACAAGGAGUGGGAUAUCCCACCCAAUGCAACUGUGGACUACAUUGUACACCUGAAGAGCUUCGAAAAUGCGAAAGAAGCAUGGGAUAUGGAUGUAGAUGAGAAAAUUGAACAGUCGGGCAUCUGCAAGAGUAAAGGGACGAAUUUCCUCAAGGCAGGAAAGUAUGAGCUGGCACUUCAGUACUACAAAAGGGCUGUGGAUCUCCUUGAACAUGAGGAAAAUCUGGAAGGGGAGAAGAAGGAAAAGAGGGAUGCCCUGAUGCUGGCCAACUACCUAAAUACUGCCCUCUGCCACCUCAAGGUUGACAACUUCCACGACACAAUCGUGGCCUGCACCAGUGCCCUGGCACUGGACCCCAAGAAUGAGAAGGCACUCUUCCGCAGAGGACAGGCAUAUGUUGGCACAAAGGAGUUUGACGUGGCCCUGAAAGACUUCGAGCAGGUGCUCAAAGUGGACGCCAACAACAAGGCAGCCCGUAACCAGCUGAGCAUUUGCCAGACUAAGCUGAGCCAGGAGUUGCAACGCGAGAAGCAGUUUUACAAGAGCAUUUUUGACAAGAUGGCUGCCCGUAGUAAGGCAGAGAGCAGGUCCGAUGCCCCUAUCGAGACAGGUGUGUGGAACAACGGACAGGCGGAAGAGCCGUCCCCUCCGGAAGAGGCCAAGAUGGAAACCGAAGUUGAAGCUGAGCCUAGCAAAGCGGAGGCAGUGGCCAGCGCCUAAGGCACGUUUCUGCCAUCACCCGAGCAUUACGCCAAUUCACAACCGGAAAGAAAACUUCAUUAGCGUUCCCCUCAUCGCUCUCGUGGAAGACAAAAUCCUGACAUGGAAUGUUCCAUCAUCGCAGUUUGUUUUGCCUGCUUCUUGGUGCCGUACGAUUAGUCUUGAUAUGCAUUUGUAUCUGUGGUCCAGUUGGAUGUCCCCUUCACAGGUGAAGACGAAGGUAGUUUUGAAAUAAAUGGACAUUGAUUUGUA